AACGAGGCUUUCUUGAGUCGCAAAAGGCGGAAAAACAUAAACUUAGUCUGAUCGUUUAUACUUUACUAAGGGCUUUGUGAGAAUUCUGUAGAUCUCUCACCAGUUAGCGCAAACGCGCUAUUUUGUUGUUGUUUUUAUUUGUCCCCGAAGUUAUCGUGCGUGUUGAAGAACUAACAGCUUUAUGCUACAGCUGGAAGCUAACUGAUGGAGGUCACUCCUAAAGCUGACAGAUCCAAAAAUCCGCAUUCUACACCCUGUGAUUCAGAGGAGUCAAGCCCCUAUCAAACUAAAGACGGAAAAUGUCAUCUGAAGCUGAGCUCCUCGCUGAAGGAGAGACUGAGGAGAUCACGGCGCUCCUUCACCUCGCCCAUCUCUGUGGCCAAACGCCUUUGUGUUGAUCAGGAACUUGAUGGUCAACAAGUCUCUGCAGGUUCCACAGACACUGUGAACAAUCCUCCAGUGAUCAGCCACAGUGUUCAUGUAAACAGAAAUGAGGCACAAUCGGGCUGUGAAAGUUUUCCUGGAGGUGUUUUUGACUCACCAGACUUUGUACAGCAACGAGUCCGACUCAGAAGAGCAGUUCGAGACAAGACGGAGAAGUUGCGCAGAUUGAAGAUGGUGAAGAUGUACAGAAGCAAGAAUGACUUAACACAGCUACAAACAUUGAUUGACAAGUGGCGGAGUUGUGCCCAGGCUGCAUUGAAUGAGCUCCAGACAGCACUUCCUGUGGACGGACGAAAGGCCAGCUUGUCUGAGCUAAUCGACCUCUUUGGUCUGGAUGAUGGCAUUCUGCACUACGACCGUACCGAGGAGGACUUCACUACCUAAAUAUGCUUUAAAAA